UGAUUCAGACCUUUAAAAUAUCAACUAGAGUUCACCAUUAGUUACAACAUCAAUGCAAAAUGACGCCGAGUGGGUGGAUGAUCUACGGAAGAUGCAUCAAGAUGUGUUAAUGAAUAGAAUCCCUGAUGACAGAGUGUCGUCUGUUUGCCACCAGUAAAGAUGCUCAAAUAUAAUCGCUCUUUGCUAAAUUGUUCGAAAUCCAAUCUGAAGCCACGUUGAUUAAAACACAGUCAGCGAACAAACAAGUUUAUAUUUUGACACUUUUUGCCAUUGAGCUGUAUUUCUCGCAAGAAAACGCAAAGUAAUACAGGAAUUGUUCAAUUGUUGAAUGAAAAAACAGGAAGGGAAAUUAGAAAAACAUACCCCAAUGACAUUGGCAGUUGCAAAUGAUCACUCCAAAAUAAAGUGACUUUUUGCCUAAUAGACUUAAGGUGCCUCAGGUUUGUUUAGCUUUCGAUUCGUUGGAAGGAACUGUCACUUCGUCGUUGUUAAGACCGAAAGUGGAGGCAAUGAAUAAUAAGAGGUUUUGAGAUAAUGACCAGCCGCUCUCCAAGUUGUAUUUUGCGUGUAGAGGCUUGUAAGGGACUUUAAUAGACACUAGUCUGUUUGUGGUGUAUAGUUAAAGUUGCGGUUUAGUGAUCAAAGAUCACCUCAGAUGACUUUCAGAUGAGAGAAGCCAAACUUGUGGUGGCAUUAUCURUUUGCUUUCGUUGCAGGUACAUUGACAACGAAGGAACAGCGAAACGUCAAUAACUAACGAGAGUGUGUUCUCGUCUGGUGAACGCAAAAGUCGCCAUGAAUUUAAUUCRAAGCGACAACCAAAACAACGGCGGCGAUUCGACAAGAAUAAUAAUCAACGUCGGUGGAUUUCGCCAUGAAACCAACAUAGCAACACUGCAAAAUAUUCCAGACACUCGCUUAGCAUGGAUCGUCGAGAAUUCAUCCAAUUCAGACGUGACAGGACCGAGAGAGUAUUUCUUCGAUCGACACCCAACGGCCUUUGCACACGUUCUGAAUUUCUACCGUACAGGAAAGCUGCACUGUCCAGCAGAAAUGUGCGGACCAAUGUAUGAAGAAGAAUUGAAAUUCUGGGGAGUUGAUGAAAAGCAAAUGGAGCCUUGCUGUUGGGGCAAGUACACGCAGCAUAGAGAAGCCGAAGAAAACCUUAAAGCGUUCGUUGGACCUGGAUUUGAGGACCUGAGGACCUCAGAUACGUUUAGUUCAGGAUUAGGAUCUAAUGAAAGUUUAGGAGAAGGGRGUACAAAAUGGCAGAGGUGGCAGCCAAAAAUGUGGGCGAUACUAGAUGAGCCACAUUCAUCGCGACUAGCUAAGGUUGUGUCCUACAUGUCAUGCAUGUUUAUUACCGUUUCCAUAGCAACCUUUUGUGCCACCACAAUGCCCAUUUUCAAGCCACAAUUUAAGAAAAACAAGGUCAUGGGAGAAAGGCAAGUGUUCUCGGUCAUCGAGAUGAUCUGUAGCAUCUUCUUCACCAUUGAAUUCUUGUUACGUUUUGCUUUCUGUGCGUCCAAGAUACGUUUCAUCCGUGGGAUUAUGAACUGGAUCGAUUUUGUGUCGGCUGUUCCUUUUUACCUCAGUYUGAUGAACGACGAUCCCAUUGUGCGCAUGCUCGUGGUAGUUCGUAUUCUACGUCUUUUUCGCUUCAUUAAGCUGUCAUAUGGGCUUCAGAUUAUGGUGCAGACUCUAAAAGCCAGCUCACACGAGCUGAUACUUCUACUGCUAAUGCUCCUUAUUCCAGUUGUAAUGUUCUCUAGUAUUGUGUAUUACAUUGAAUUUCUCAUACUGGAAGGAAAAUCAGACUUCUCGUCAGUACCAGCCUCGUUCUGGUGGUGCCUCAUUACCAUGACAACUGUCGGUUAUGGCGACAUGACGCCCGAAACGUGGCCUGGGAAGGUCAUUGGCGGUGCAUGCGCMAUUUGCGGAGUGUUAAUCGUCGCUCUACCCAUUUCUGUCAUCGGUAGUAAUUUUAAUCUCUAYUAUUCCCAUGCUCAAGCCAGGCUUAAGCUCCCAACGAAACAAAGGCGCCUAGUUCUAGGCGCUGUGCCGGGUCUUUUGUCUAAGCAACAAGAGCUAAGCUCACGGCGUAAGAAGAAAACUAAGCUCAGUGGAAUGGACUAUGAAUUGUGCACAAGCGACGAAUUGUCGUCUUCGUUGAACAGUUUACAGUUGCAGCAGCGUAGAACAAGGUCGGGCGUUAGGAGUGACCAGAUACAACUAACUGAGGCACACGAGGAAGCCAUUAAAGCGGCACUUGGAGGUUCGGAUCAGAAAAGAGAUACACCGAGYUACACAGGAAGUCAAGAGGACUUGYCAASUCAUGAAGAGAAARUACUUUUGCURCAAAAGAAAGGGAGAUCUUCUCGAGAGCGUUUUAAUGACGAUCGCGAYACGGGUUCUCYACCACUGAACGUCACUUUAAACCCCACUAUCAGACAUAGYGGGGGUAGUCAUGGCAAUAUGCCGUCAACAGACACUACMARCAAACGAGAUUUAGACGACAAUGGGACUUUUUUGAACGUUGCUAAUGGACUCAAAGACAAACGAAAACUCUCAUUAUCUGAUUCCAGAUUAUGCAUGCAUCAUAGCCUUGACUCGCAGUCUUUGYUAGAGCCGAAAAAUAUGAACUUAAUGUCUAAUGGGCACUGUAAYUCCAAAGAGACUAGUAAGGAUCUUAUAACGUCACGAGGGAGGACGUCCACAAURUCGUCUUUACCAGACUACAACAAAAAUCGAAGAAAAGGCCUUAGCGUUUCGACAUCGUCKGCGAAAGGAGAUCCAGACUUUAUGGAAACGAAAAUUUAACAGAAAAUAACRAGUUCGCAUUAAAUUGGUAAUUGUGUUAGGCAUUUGGCUGGUUUCGACUGUGCAUUGCAAAAAUCUCGUUGGGACAUUUUACGUCAAAAGUCACAUGAUGCUUYAAAUGGCACUGCGCAUGUGCUGCAAAUUACAAAGCCAAAUUUUAUCUCAUGGAUGCGUUAAAAUUAUAUUUUUGUCGAGAUAUCUUAAUUUGAGACAUAAGGUGAAAUAUACCUGAUGUGAAUGGCAUGGGAUUGUCACUGGUAUCCUGUGGUCAUAGCAACAAGACAUUGUUUGACAGCAUGCUUACAAUAGAACCCAGUAUUUUUACAAACAAGCUGAGCUCCACAAGAAAGAAAAGAGUGAAAUGGUGUACAUAACAUGGCCGCUAGAUUAMAAGUCUAGUUUACAAUACUAUCAAUAAUAAAUUGGGGUUAUUGCGCGCAACUGUUUGAUCUCGUGCACCUUAACUUGCAGGGGUCAUUCUCAAGUAUGAGACAAAAACUCACUCAAACCUGUCUGMAAAAUCGAUCACCGUGAAUUUGCAAACAGCUCACACGACCGAUAAAAAUCACCGCAAAAAUCGCCUCCCGCGUUGCGCGACAAUGUYKUCAGUGUAAACAGGCCUUAAAAAGUUCGCUGAUAAAAACAAUGGACAAGAUGACAUAGAUCGAGUAAUCAUUAUCGAUUGCUCUCUAGAAACAACAAAUUAUCGAUAGUGUCCGUCUAGUCAAUGACUAAUUCAAUUGGURAGUUGGGGUCUGGUACCUAAUGGCUUGAUUUUGCCCGGGAUCUUGYUCCAGUGUUAUAGAUCUCCAUUCUUGGAGAUAAUCCCUAUAUGAAAAUAUUCGUGAUGGAUAAAUUAAAAGACAAUGAUGCCGCACCAAAUAWARUAAAGURGARGAUUAAGAUCCUGGUUGAAAAUGGAGCAAUUAUUGGUACCGCCAGGARCCCAAUGGGCUCCUGGAACCGUGUAACUUUUGUCUAUUAAAGAUAAAAUCACGUGAUAGUCACGUGACUUGAAUUAUUUUACACCGAUAAAUAAAUUGUAUAGUUUAUAGAAUAGGGAAAUGAAGUCAAUUAAACAAAUGAAUUGA